AUGUCGCCCAUGAACAAACAGAGUAAUCACAGUAGUAGUAAUUGUGGCGAGGACGUUGCUCCCCAGGUCAACGUCCUUGCCUCUUGCUACAUUGUCGGUACCGCGGCCCAGCUCAAGGGCCUCCACUACUGCACUACCGGGGGGCGGAGUGGUAUUCCUGAGGUCCCUACCUCAGGAUUCCCCUCCCCACCAACAAGCCCCCCCCUCGCCGCAAUUACUUCGACCAACGAGCUCGCCCUCUUGCCCAAGCAGCAAACCAGCAAGAGGCGCGACAUCCCGGGCAGCCGUCGCCGGGAUCGGCGAGGGGGGGCAGCACACGUAAUCAGGGAAGAAUGUGAGAGAUUCUUUUGCGAGACCAUGAAGACAGCAUUCCGCGGUGAGAGGAACCUGUCGAUGCAUGGCUCCGGCCUGACCGGUGCUCAUUACUUGCAAACGCCGCCGCCAGAGAAUCAGCUGCGCGCCCGUGCCGAUAGCAGCACCAGCAGCGAUUCCUUUUCCUGGCAGUCUGGCCAUUGUCCGUCCACCAAUGGAGGCAGCUUCGAGGUCGACGCCUGGAUGGAGGUCUGGGAUUAUGUCGGCGGCGCCAGCUUCCGCGCAUUUCUAGCCAGCAGUGGCGGCGGCAAUGACGACGACGGAGAAAAAACGCUCUUUGUCUUUUUCGACCUUCAGGGCGUCAUGGGCCGCGAUCUGAAAAAGGCACUCAUGGCCCUCAUUGAGCUCGCUGACGGUCCUCUCGGCUGCCGCAGCAUUGUGACGUGCAUGGACCGCCGCAUGCCCGUCGAUGAGGCUCUUGAGCUUACCAAGAGCCUUCAGUGGGUUGGCUUUGAGAUGACGACGCUCGACCACUGGGCCAACGAAGUCGACGUGACCAGUAAAAAGUGGCUCUUUAUGGGCAUGGAGCUGUAG